GUUUUUGUACAGCUGUUUUCAAUACUACAGCUAAAAGAAAUACUUAUACUGCACAAGAGAUUGCUGCAAUAACAUAAUUGCAUAAUCGCAUAAAGACACUUUAUUGAUUGUUGAAAAAUGGCUUUACCCGAAGCACUAGAAAAAAAUAUGAAAUUAUUUCAGGCCAAAAGCGAUUUGCCUGUUUUCCUAAAAGGUGGUCCAGCUGACAAGGCCUUGUUUGGUUUGACUAUGGGUCUAUGUGUUAUCGGUCUUAUGAGCAUUGUGCACAUGACUUAUACCUUGGGUUUCAAAAAGAAGUCGGGUUAAUUAUUUUUAAUAUUCAAGCUGAUAUGUAUGUAAUCAAUAAAGUGGAAAAAUAGUUAUAA